AUGACUCAUUCGCCUGCUACCAAUGGCUCUAUGCAAGAUGCUUACCCUGCCACACCAACCAAUAUUGAUGGUCAGACCAAGUGGAAGCCAGCAGGCAAGAUGGUCAAGGAAGAGGGUGGCGUCCGUUUCAUGGAUAGUUAUCUUUGGGCAAACAUUCAUGACGAGCUACAAGCCAUGAGGGAAAUUGUCGAUACUGAUGACCCAGAAGAAGCCAGCGUUAUGGGAUCCGAGGACCUGAGCCCGGAUUACAACAUUGAUCUUUUGAUCCCUUCUGAUGCCUCGAACAGAUCUAUCGAGGACCACCAACCCGAUCCCGUUCACAUCUUUAGACUCUGGCAAUUGUUUGUUGACCGCGUCAACCCCCUGACAAAGAUCAUCCAUGUCCCAUCCGUUCAGCCAUUUGCGUUGGAGAUGGCCACCGACGUGAACAAGAUCCCCCUCAACUACCAGGCUCUGAUGUUUUCCAUCUUUACCAUGGCGACCGUAUCUUUAUCCGAAACCGAAUGCCUCCAGAUGCUGGGAACUACGCGAGAUGAAGCUCUACGACGCUACACCAUCGGAACCAAAUUGGCACUGACAAAAUUCAACUUUUUGAAGAACUAUGAUAUGGUGGCUCUGCAGGCAUUGCUACUGUACCUGUUGUCUCUUCAGAAUCGGUACGAUCGCCAUGCUGCCUGGAUCUUGAGCGGUAUGGUUGUACGAAUUGCCCAGAAAAUGGGUUACCAUCGCGAUGGUGAUUACCUCGGCCUCAAUGCUUUUGAGACUGAAAUGCGACGACGUAUGUGGUGGCAGAUCAUCCUACAAGACACAAAGAACGCCCUGGUCUCUGGAUUGAGUCACUCGCUUCUCCCUAGCAGCUGGGAUACCAAGAUGCCACAAAACGUAAACGAUGCCGACUUGUUCCCCGGAUCAGUCGAGCCCAUUCAACCGCGCGAGGGACCUACAGAAAUGGCCUUUUGUCUAAUCGGCUACCAGAUCGCCAAGUUUUUAGUCAACGCAGAAUCUCUUCACGGUCACCCUGGUUUGGAAGCUGCCGUUAUGGGAGACCUUGAAGGUCAAGACCCCUCGAAUGUCCCGACUCUCCAGGAGUACAGAGAUUUGGUAGAAACAUUGGAACAGAAUCUAUUGGAGGUGGAAGCUCGAUACAUCGACCCGACCGCUGGAAACGUACACAUUGCUGCGCUCAGCAUCCGUCCCAUGAUUUGCAGUAAGAUGAGGGAGAUGAUGAUCCCAAUGAGAGAACAGCCUGAAUGGCAAAAUGGAGAGAUUCGCGACAAGAAGGACAAUCUAUUCAAAAUUGUCUUGAUGAAUAACGAACACAGCACCGAUGCUUACGGAAUAAUGGACCAGACGGGAUUCCUCUGGUUCAUGAAAUAUCAUUUCCAGGUUGAUGUCUUUACUGUUAUGGUGAAACAGCUUUGUCAACGACCGAGGGGAUCGCUCGCUGCCCGCGCCUGGAAUAUGGUAGAGAAGAUCUAUCAUUACCACCCUGAACUUUUGGAUAUGAGUCACAAGUCCAACUAUAUUCAGGCACAGACAGUAUUGAAGGCAUGGAAGAACCGCGAACAAGCAUUCAGAGAAGAUGGUCAGGUCCUCGAAACACCAAACUUUAUCUAUCGCAUACGAGACGUUGUAAUGAGCGAAAGUCGAAAUUCCGAGCCCUCACCACAACAGCCGACCACCAAUGCUCCUCCAAACGCAACCCAAAUGACAGAUCUUGAUCCAUUCUUGGGCAACUACCUGGAUGUCUCGACUCUGAACUGGGAUAUGUGGGGGACCAUGAUUCAACCACCACAGCAGCAGACUCAACUACCGGUUUCGUUAUAUGGCAAUUUCCCCAUGGGCAGCAUGUAA